CGAACGGAAACAGAACAGAGAGAAGCACGCGCGAGCGCGCGCGCAUUCACUGGCGAUCGUUCGCCGCGAGUAGAUACGAAAUACGAAGUAGCCGCAGUCGCGGAGAUCCGCUGCUCACGGUGAGAUCGUGGCCCGUCGCGAUCGUGAGCGGAGAACGGCGUCGAUCGUGAUCGAUCGAUCGACUCUCGCGACGGAGGGCGUGCACGAUCCCCAACGGGAACCAAAGACGAGACGCUGUUGGAACGCUGCGAUGAAUCAAUCAGGAGCCUGAGCUCUCCGGGCAACGAUCCGAACCGAUUGAUCGUCGGCUCCGAUCCAGUUUGUCGAUCGAUGAGUGACAGUUUCAUGGGCGAUCGAUGGAGGCCCGUGUGACCCCCGCGUGGAACCUCUGCCGCCUAUUUUGUGAAUUCUAAACUGACUUCGAUUCGGAGACUGUAAAAUUAGCUUGCCGUUGAUCGAUGACGUUGCAGUGGAUUUUUCUGAUUGGCGUUCGACGUUCGAUCUAGGACCAGUAUCGUGCUUGUUCGCAAAGAAUUCAGUGGUUUCCUGAAGACGUUCGGGGCGAUGAUUCGAUUCUCUGGCGGCAGAUCCGCGUAGCUUGCGACAUUGGAUGAUCUACGAGGGACGCGAGGAGAUGGAGAAUCCUUGAGACGAUCAGGUGGUACCGCCACAGGCAGCCGCGAGAGAUGUGGUCGCGAGCGCGAUUCUUGGUCCUGGCGUGGAUACUCGCGUUGUUGGUGGGAACACGGGUCAGCGACGGGUCGCAGGGGCCUCGUCUCGGCGGCGCCGUAAAUAUCUUCAGCCGAUACGGCUACCUGAGCAUCAGCAUGAGAGUGUUGCCCAGAAACGACACCGACACCUGGAUAUUCCGGGAGCCGACGUUGGACGUUUUCACGAACCCGGUCCCGGCGGCGAACAGGCAACGCCAGCAGACCGCGUUCUUCGACGGCGACUUCCACAUGGAGUUCUGCGACAGCAUCCGGCAGCUUCUGCAGGCCUACUUCCGGGACUUCACGUUCGAGAGGCUCGAGAGACCGUGGCGGGCGUUCACCGGCAGCUGGUCGAAGGCUGCCAUCGCUCGGCAUCUGGGCAUCAACGCCUCCUUCAUCACCGGCGAGCAUUGUUACGUACUGGUGCGCGUCGCCAGGUUCCGGGAGAAUCAGAAGCUGGCUGGCACGGCGGAGUCGAUGAUCCUCGACGAGGCCGUCUACAGGGAAACGAAGAACGUCACGGUCGGCGACACCGCCAGCGUUGUCCGAUUCAUCAAAAACUUCGGCUCGCACUACAUCGCUUCCUUCGUGACGGGCAAUUCUUUGUACCAGGUAUUCGUCUACACCCCGCAAGCCUAUCUGCGCAUAAAGGAGCGUUUGAAGACACGUGGGGUAGCGAACUUCUCGAAUCUCGAGUUAAGUAAUUACUUCUCGCCGUGGUACGCCGAGCACAUCGGCGUGAUCCAAGCGGCGAGUGGAAACCGCACAGUUGAAGCAUGGGCGGUGGAACGGCUCCGUAAUCAAUAUUACAUAUUUUCACACGCCAGCUUAUUGAAACUGCACGGAGACGCGAUGCUGUUGAAGCAGCUCGACGAGCUUCUGGGCAACGAGGCACUGUUGCAGCUGCAGCUGCGAACGCUUGCUCCGAUCUUCAACGACACACAGCGCCGCGAAUGGUUCCUCGAGGUGAUCGACAAUUACUUUAAGUUAUGGGAAGUGAAUAUGUGAGGACCUGUACCUAACGUGGGAAGAAACGAUACGAGAGGAAACAGUCGGUGGCGGCUUCGUUCCACUCGCGUGAUUUGAUCCGCGCACGGAAGCACUACGCGUCCACGUGUUUGCGAUACGGAGCAAACGGUGAAGGACGUGUCAAUGACUUCCAGCGAGUACCGGUCAUCUGCAGCUCGAUGAUGAUCACAGCUCCGGAUCGUCGGGAAUCGAGAUCCACUUCGAAAGUUCACUAUCGUUUUCCGUCGAACGGAUACUAGGAUGUAGGAGAGAAACGGCCCAACUGUCGUGUUGUUAUAAAUAAGUAUUUAUUAUUAUAAUCGAUAAUAGAAAACAUUUUUAUACAAACGUUUUAAAUAUAUCACAAGCAUUUUUCGCAAAAGUGUCUUGACUGAAAAAUAAGCGACGUCUUGUUUCUUGAAGUUACUGUUAUGUUCUAGAGAGUACAUAUUUGUUUUGCUUUCAUUCGGUUAUCCCGGAGGGUAAUACGAUAGACAAAGAAACAAGACCUCGCGAUCUUUUUCUCUUUUUUGUGUUGAGUUUGACUAUUCUUCUCGAGUUAGGUGAAGUUUGGUCGACGAACCAAUUCAUGUGAAAGUAAAUAUGUACGCGGAACGUGAUUUGAGAUUUACGAAGUCAUGGACGUUUCUAGUAGAAUUUAAACAAAUCAUUAAAAAUACUGAGUACGAGUAAAGGGAAUGUUAGCGUGUAAUUCCCUUACAUAGUCGAAAUUGAUUUGAUUGGCACGAUGAGAUGACUGAUGAAUGAAACUUAUAUGGUUAAGUUAGUUUAAUUGAAAAUGAAAUGUCAUGUGUUAGACUACGUUGAACGUUUUUCUCGUCUCCCCUCGUACAACAAACUAGCUUCGAUAAAAGUAGUGAGAGCACAAAAUAAAUUUGAUAAGAUGUUUUAUACUGAUAGCAUUGAAGAGAACGUUAUUUCGUGAUUGAAAAGUGCACGAAAAUCUAUCGUGAAAUCAGUAUUUUUAUAUGUAUAAUUCAACUGUACUUUGUAUAAAUUAUAAUAUAAUCGACACUUAAAAGAUGGGACCUGAGAACCUUACUUUAUUGUUUUUGAUAAAAUCUUACAGAUAAAAUGAUUUAUUACCAAAAAUAAAAUGGCGCCAUAUUGCGAAUAAAAGAAUCAUUCAAAUGA